UGCUAGAAAUGUACAGCAAGUUAAAGGAGCAGCUGGAAUCCAAAAGAUAUUAUGCCGCACUAAAAACCAUGGAGCAGUUGGAGAAGGUCUAUAUCCCAAGGGUCAGUCAGUACAGGUUCUGUCAGAUCAUGGCUGAAAAUCUGCCCAGACUGAGAGAGGAGAUCAAAGACAUCUCCAUGUCAGACCUCAAAGACUUCCUGGAGAGCAUUCGAAAGCAUUCAGACAAGGUUGGAGAGACUGCCAUGAGACAGGCACAGCAGCAUAGGACCUUUAACAGUGCAGUAGCCAAGCAGGCCAGUAUGGGCCACUACAUCAAGCCCGUGUACUCUCUCAAUGAGCGAACUCAUGCUCACACUCCCAACGGCCUGCUGAUGGAUGAUGACACUGGAGAUGAUGAGGGUGAUGAAGAGAUUCUUACAGCUCAGGAUCUGGUGGACUUCUCGCCCGUCUACAGGUGUCUACACAUCUAUACUGUAUUGGGUGACCGAGAAACAUUUGAGAACUACUACAGGAAACAGAGGAAAAAACAGGCCCGGCUAGUUCUGCAGCCUCAGGCUAACAUGCAUGAGACAGUGGAAGGCUACAGAAGAUACUUCAAUCAGAUUGUGGGGUUCUUUGUUGUAGAGGACCAUAUCCUCCAUGCCACUCAAGGGCUGGUGACCAGAGCUUAUACUGAUGAACUGUGGAACAUGGCGCUGUCCAAGAUCAUCGCUGUACUCCGGACACACUCUUCAUACUGUGACGACCCAGACUUGGUGCUGGAGCUGAAGAAUCUCAUAGUCAUCUUUGCUGACACACUACAGGGGUUCGGCUUCCCGGUAAACCGUUUGUUUGACCUGCUGUUUGAGGUUAGAGACCAGUACAACGAAACCCUGCUGAAGAAAUGGGCACUGGUUUUCAGAGAGAUCUUUGAACUGGACAACUACAGUCCCAUCCCAGUGGAGACAGAGGAGGAAUAUAAACUGGUUGUCAGCCGCUUUCCCUUCCACGAUGCUGAGAUAGAGAAGCAGGACUUUCCUAAGAAGCUGCCAAUGUCCCAGUCUGUCCCUCAGAUCUACACCCAGGUCAAAGAGUUCAUUUACGCCAGCCUCAAGUUCUCAGAGUCACUACACCGCAGUUCAACAGAGAUUGAUGACAUGUUGCGAAAAUCUACCAACCUGUUGCUGACAAGAACUCUCAGCAGUUGUCUGCAAAACCUUAUCAAGAAACCUCACAUAGGACUGACCGAGCUGGUACAGAUCAUCAUUAAUACCACCCACCUGGAGCAGGCCUGCAGGUAUCUGGAGGAAUUCAUAACAAACAUCACCAACGUCUCCCCAGAAACAGUUCACACCACAAGACUCUACGGACUGUCGACCUUCAAGGAUGCUCGUCAUGCUGCAGAGGGAGAGAUUUACACCAAACUGAACCAGAAGAUCGAUGAGUUCAUCCAGCUAGCAGACUACGAAUGGGGCAUGGCCGAGUCUGACGGCCGCGCGUCAGGGUAUCUCAUGGACCUGAUCAACUUCCUACGAUCUACCUUCCAGGUGUUCACACACCUCCCGAAUAACAACAAUGAUCAUGCAUCAAUGUCGGGAAAAGUGGCCCAGACCGCUUGUAUGUCAGCCUGCAAGCAUCUGUCCACAUCACUGAUGCAGAUGCUGUUGGACACGGAACUCAAACAGAUCAGUAUGGGGGCCAUUCAGCAGUUCAACUUAGAUGUUAUUCAGUGUGAAUUGUUUGCCAGCUCAGAGCCAGUGCCUGGGUUUCAAGGAGACACUCUUCAGCUGGCCUUCAUCGAUCUGCGACAGGUAAACUUUUAUCACUAAGCCUUAAACCAGAAACAGCACAAACGCAAAGACAAAGGAAAAGAAUUGGGGCGAUGCAUGUUGGGUAGGCAUGGUGGAGCGAAAUGCAGAUGGACAGAUGUUGGUGUAUUUUACAAAAAGGAUGGAAAUGACCACGGUGAACGUGUAUUUAAAAAGAGGGAGGAGCACAGAAUGAGGAAUAAGGGUGGAGGAAGGUGAACACCGGGGGACUAGGUCUUAUACAGAAGGUAAAAUCUGAAAGUGAGAGGAGACUGAAUGUGGUGGCAGUGGAGUCUGUGGGAGGAUUUUGUAAGUCAAGAAGAGGAAGUGAGUGAAGACGGAGGCAAAGAUUCAGUGGAGAAAGCUGAAGAAGGGAGAACGUUGCAAAGAGUUCAAGGAGGAGCUGAGAGAAAGUACAGCUGAAACGGUGAGGCGAACUGCCAAGAAGGUGCUUGGUAGCAGAGAGGAAAGAGACUUGGUAGUAGAACGAGCAGUUACAGAAAUUAUUUAAAAGAAGAAGUUAAGAAUAAGUUAGUCAGGGAGAUGUAGAAAGUAUACAGGAGUACUGGGAGGCUAGACAACAAUGAAGCCUUAUAAUGAGUUGUAUGUGAGUUGGGACUCUAAAGAAAUUGUCAGCAUCGAGCUAGAAAGGAUGUGCAGCAGGUUAGUGAUUAAAGACAGGGGUGGAA